UUUUUUUCUUCCUUUUACUCUCUCUUUUCUUUUUUGUCAAACAGCAACAAUACCUAAAAGACAAGGCAUGCUCACAGGACUAUCGCCUGCUCCAUCACGUUUCUUCUUUUGAACCUCCUCUCAGACACAUGUUAAACCAUUCUCCUCCUUUUUCUUCUCCUUCUUUUUACUCUUACUCUUUCUCUUACUCUUUCUCUUUCUUUUCCUUAUUAUUCUUCAACUUCAACUCCUCUUAACCUACUUCUUUUAUUUUCUCACGGGAAAACAGGAGGCUAUUGCACCAAACUCAAAAGUCUUCAAUUGAAGAAAAAGCAACGAGCAAUCCUGAAUAACGCAGCGCCCUUCCUUCCUAAACCUCUUUAGACUGUCUCCAAGCCAUACGGUUGGAGCUAUCUUAAGCACAAAUUUAUAUUUAUAUUUAUAUUACCAGCCAUGAGUUCAUCGGACAGCACAGCUGGAUCAGAUUUUGAAUUGGUCCAUGAUACUCACUUGUUGGAUAAUUUGAGUCGAGUCUCGGUUAAUCAUACUGAGCAAGCAGAAGGCACUUGUGGAGAUAUAUUUACUUUUUCAAUCCCAACUACGUCCAUCAGCGGUAGUAGUAGUUAUAGCGGCCAUAACAAUAGUGACAGCAGUGCUGAUACCUUGAAUCAUAGAAAACCAUCAAUAGCCACAACAACAACAACAACAACAACAACUGUAACGACAAUAGCAACGGCAGUGUCAGAAUCAGAAUCAGAAUCAGAAACAGAAACAGAAACAGAAGCAGAAACAGGAUCAGAAAGGAUAACAACCUCAGAAAUGAAUAGGACGACCCAAAGCACCAUCAGCAACAAUGCUCUGAUCGCAACGGAUAACAAAUCAAAGCAAUUGAGCCCUUCAGACAAAAACGAUAAAAGCCAAAAUGCGGAUGCAGAUUGCUGUGACCCCUUCUGCGCUAUCUGUCUGGAUCGAAUACAGCCUCGACAUCAUGCAAAAGGCACCCUUGCCUGUCGCCAUGAGUUUCAUUUGUCAUGCAUAUCAAUGGCAUUCUCAAUGAGUAAAGAUAUGGUGUGUCCCCUCUGUCGAUAUGUACACAAGGAUCAACCGUUCAUGAACUUGGAUUCGGAAGAUGAUAUCAAACCUACAUCAACGACUACUGCAACGACCACCAUGUCAACGAUGACAACAAGUUCAAUACACUAUCGACGUCUUUUCCAACGGCCACAACAGCAACAGCAACAGCAACAGCAACAUCAUCCAUUUUCACAUCCUCCUCCUACUCUAUCAUCAAUGUCAACUCUUCAUGAACAUCCGACCAGCGGUACUAUUCUCUCGAUGAUGCCUUCACUCUUUGAAGCCUCCAUAGGCCAUGGCCCAACUGCAGGUACGAUCCGUACUUCACCUGAUGGCAUCUUUUUGAAAACAUCCACGUGGCUACUGCUCUAUGCGAUGCCUUUCACUGUUGCACUUUGCUUCUUGGCCUUUGUCCUCGGAAAGGUGGAGACUAUGUGGUCAAAGGUCUCAUGUUUAAUUGGCGCUGCAAUUUGUUAUAUGGUCUGUUGGGGCCUUGUGGUGGCGAUCAUGGAUCCUGAUCAUGAAGCACGAGCUAUCUUGAACCGAUUGAAUGAGAUGCAAGAGCAACAACAACAACAACAACAAGUUGGUAGCAUCACAAACAUGAGUAUUAACACACGCGGUAGCAGUAGUAUGAGUGUCAGUAGUGGCAGUGAUAAUAAUGUUCACGACAGUAUAUUGACCGCAUCCACCAUUAGAAACGUGGAUAACGACACUAUCUCUGAAACAUUAUAUGAAUCAAGGAUUGAUCCUGCAAUCGAUACUAGUACAUUCGAUCUAAAUCUAGCUUCUUUGCCGGGAUCAUCAUCAUCAUCAGGACCGCCAACUCUAGAUGUCCCUCAAGACUUCUCUUGGACUGAGUGGGUUCAUCAGAUAUAUACUCAGGUUCUCCAGAAUAGAGUAAAGGACCUGGCUGCUAUUCUGGACGAUAUUCCAGACAUGAUGGGUGAAUGGUGAUUUGAGUUUUUUUUAUUUUUUUUUAUUUUUUUACUUUUUUAUUUUUUUAAUAAGGCCAUCUUUAAAGCACUAUCAAUAAAAGCUUUUCUAAAGAGUGUUUAACCGAG